AACUUCGCAUUACCUCAACCCCCUUCUAUAUAUUCAUUCCCCCUCUGUUCUAAACAUUCCAUCCACCAUUACCCAUCUCAGAAGAAAGAAACCAUGAGAACCAAACAAGCUUCUGUUCUCCUUUUCACUUUGCUUGCUGGGCUGCUUUCUCAAAGCCUGCUCAUCCCUGUAUUCUCCACCUCCAUUGCUGACCAGAAGAGCUAUUACUCUCCUCCUUCAGACCCACAUUCUGGAACUCCCCCAACAGGUUCACAUAGCAGCCCUAUCCCACCAUCACAUGGUUAUGGAGGAAGCCCACCGCAUUACUCCACACCAACUCCUUCCACGCCGUCCAAGCCUCCGUCCAGUGGUGGUGGAUACUACAACCCUCCAUCUUCUGGUGGCGGUAGCCCACCGACCACCCCUGUAGAUCCAGGCACUCCAAGCACUCCAAGCACUCCUGGCGUUCCCAGCACACCAAGCACACCAAGCAUUCCUACUACUCCAUUUACCUGCAAUUAUUGGUUGAACCAUCCAGGAAUGAUAUGGGGGGUGCUGGGAUGGUGGGGAACAUUGGGAAAUGCCUUUGGAGCAACUAAUGUCCCAGGGUUUGGAACAAAUCUCAACUUGCUCCAAGCACUUUCAAACACAAGGACUGAUGGGUUCGGGGCCCUUUUAAGAGAAGGCACUGCUUCGUACCUCAACUCUCUUGCUAGUAACAGAUUCCCAUUCACAACCAAGCAAGUUAGGACGAGUUUCGUCUCAGCACUUAGCUCCAACAAAGCAGCAGCUGAUCAGGCCAACACCUUCAAGUUAGCCAACGAGGGCAAAAUCAAACCCAGAGCUUGAUGAUUUCCCCCUUUGUCUUACCAUUUACUACCUUAAUAACUAAUGAGUGUGCCUUAGCAGUUAUUAGUGAGACGUGAGACCAAUUUAGCAUUGCAUGUCUUGUUUUAUUUUGUUUUGUUCUUGUUUCUAGGUUCUUGCAUCUCUUUUGUUCAUGUAUUUGAACAUAGAGAUGCUCAGUCUUUGUUAUCCAAAUUCAUUGUGAAGUCAAGAUUUGUUUUAAAUAGUUGAUUUUGUUUAAUCAGGUUAUCCAAAAGGGGGUUGAAAUUAAAAGUUCAGAUGCUUGUUAUCUACACUAA